AUGAGCAACGAUCUUAGCAAGAGGGAAGCUAGUCUUCGGCCUGUAACGAUGAUGCCCCCAAGUGUUCCUCCCUCCUUCGAAGUUCCGUAUAGGAGCCAGCCAUUAAGAUCGUAUACAGGAGUCCCACAAAUGGCAGCUGCUAAUACUACAUCUACGGAUCCAUUUGCCAACAACGAUAAUCCUUAUGGCGAUGAAGAGGUCGACAUUACAGAUGUAGUGAACUAUAACAGAGAAAACCAACCACCAUUACCACCGACCAGACAGCAGCAACUAGGAAAGCCUCCUGCCGCCCCCACAAAUGCAAAUCUACGUAGAAGAGCUGCCUCCGAUUUCCCUGAUUCAUCACCACAACCGACAUCAUCACCACCACCUAGUAGAAACAAUAGUCGCUACCGAAACAACCUCACACCACAACAAUUCCAGGCUCAAUAUAUACAACGGGUUAGAUCUCGUCGUCAAGACCGCCCGCUUCCUCCAACACCCGAAUCCGCGCGAGGAUCUACGCCAAUGACACAAAGUAGCAACUCGACUCUAGUAAAUGACAUUGGUGGUACUGCAUCUGAUCCUGCUACUACCGGUACAUCAGCACCACAGCAGCAGCUACUGCAAUCAUCACCACAAAUGAACGCAACAGCAUCUUUCUUACGAGUGCCAAGUCUAACAGGUGCAUUCCAGUAUCGUAACAUGGCACAAUCGAUGGUCGAUUAUCAUUAUUAUAGAAAGGGUGGAAGUAGUAUACAUUCUGAAAAUCAGUUUAUACAGAGCUUUACGCAGAGUAUUGCAAAGACUUCAUUCAAUUCGAGAAUGUCGGAAAAGAAUAGGAGGAAUUAUUGGAGGUUUGGGAAGGAAAAGAUCUUAUUCUUGUGUGUCAAUGCAUUGUUUACGCUGGCAGGAGCAUGCAUAUUCGUCCUAACAAUGUUUAGUUGGUCGGACGCCAACUGGUAUGGCCCACUAGCCCGCAUAGCACAACCAGAUGUGCUAGCCUUCUCAACAGCACUAGGCAUCCUCAUUCUCGGAAUGGGUCUAAUAGGAUUUAUCGGUGCCUUCUCACACAACAAGACCAUGGUUGGAUUUUAUACACUGGUGACAGUCCCGACUUUUAUAUUCAUAUUGGUCAACCUGUAUGUCAGUUUCAAGUGGAUUAAUGAUCCAAGAUGGGAGACAGAUUUCGCUAUGAGGUAUACGACAGAGUAUUCCAAUUCGACGAGGUUGCUGAUACAGGAUAAGUUCUCAUGUUGUGGAUUCUACGCAGCCGCAGAUGAAUCAGUAGUAUAUGAUGGCAUACGAUGUGUGCAAGGUGCUCAGUUGACUCUAGAUCCAACACUAGGCCCCAACCAAUUCUCAGACAAUGUAUUGAGUCUGCCAUGCUAUCAGCCCUUUAACGAUUUCUGCCAUGCAUAUCUCCACUUUGUAUACAUUGUAUGUAUCGGCAUGCUCCCGUUAAAUCUUGCUGCUUUUAUAGCGGGUAUCUUGGCUACAAACCAUAUCUAUGAUUAG